GACUUUAGUAAAGGAAACGAAAGCGAUUCGCCGAUUCUUUCACUCCGUUGGCCAAAACCCCCGUCCCUUCUCUCCUACUUAGCUUUCUCUGACGGACAGACUCGCGGCUGACGGUGAUCGGUGCGGGCGAAUUAGGGUUAGGGUUUCAUUGGGGAUUGGGAGAGAUGGUGGUGGACAAGGGGAAGAAGGCCAAGUUCGCGGAGCGAGGGGAGGAGGACUCUGAUCACAUCGGCGGCGAGUUCGUGCUUUCGAUAGAGAAGCUCCAGGAGAUUCAGGACGAGCUCGAGAGGGUCAAUGAGGAAGCAAGUGAUAAAGUUUUGGAGGUGGAACAGAAAUAUAAUGAAAUACGCAGACCUAUUUAUAGGAAACGGAAUGAGAUCAUCAAAUCUAUUCCAGACUUUUGGUUGACUGCAUUUCUGAGCCAUCCGGCACUUAGCAAUCUUCUGAGCGAAGAGGACCAAAAAAUUCAGAUUUUCAAGUAUCUGGAAUCGUUAGAUGUGGAAGAUUUUAAAGAUUUGAAGUCAGGCUACUCCAUAACUAUUAACUUCUCCCCCAACCCUUAUUUUGAAGAUACAAGCCUUAAAAAGACAUAUGCCUUCUUUGAUGAAGGAACAACUAACAUAAUUAGUACAACAAUCGGGUGGAAGAAGGGGAUGAAUACUGCAAAUGGUGUUGCUUAUGAUAAGAGUGGAAAUAAACGACCCUCUCCUGAGGAGAGUUUCUUUAGCUGGUUUGGUGAAACUCAGCAGAAAAGUAUCUCAGAAGGGUUUUCGGAUGAGGUGGCUGAGAUAAUAAAGGAAGAUUUGUGGCCCAAUCCUUUGAAGUACUUCAAUAGUGAGGCUGAUGAGGAGGAAUUUGAUGGGGAUGAAGAUGAUGAAGAGGACACCGACUUUGAAGACGAGGAUGAUGAUCAAGCUGAUGAAGAUGACAGCUGAAUUUUUAAUUCAUUGUUCUCUUCUAUUUUUGGCUUCUUAGCAUGUUUCUCUGGCACAGUGAAGCUAGCAUUUCAGAAGUGCCAGAAUGUAUAGAGGAUGGCGACUAAAGAGGUCUUUGCUUAUUUAUGCUGGGACAUGAGACUAUGAGGGUAGUAGGGUGCGCCUUGGAUGUACGGUCUGUUCUAUAUUUUUUGGUUGUUUCCUGGGCACCAGUUCAUUUUUUACCCGAGAUUGUGACGACAAACUUUACCUCCUUUAGACACCCUGGUGAUCUACCUGGCAUCCAGAUGGGGGAAGAAGUUUAGCUCUUGGUUUUAAUUUGGCUUGUUGGAGCACCUCCUUUUUCAUACCCUGUUUAUAUUUCAUCUACUCACCAAAUUGAAUCAUGCCACUGCCGGUGCCCUCUACUGUCUCUGUCCCAUUGUUUAUGCAAUUUUUAUGGUACCUGGAGAAAUUGUUUGCUACCCUUGGUGAGCUUGGGCCGUGGGAGCAAGCCUGUGUGACUGGAGUUCCUGGCUGCAUGCAAAGAACCUGUUCUAUCUAGAGCACUCAAGGUUCAUGCCCUGUUGCUGAAUCCCUGUUAACUUGACACCAGAGCUGUUUAGCCGAGUCUCGCUGGCACAAUGGAAGAGUCCUUAAACGUAAUCAGGCUGUUGAGAGAUUAAAUUAUUGAAGAGAGGUUGACAACCGCUGAUGCCCUGCUGGAUCCCAUGAGCAUGGGCAGGUGAAAUAUGGUUGUGCGUUAAUUUCUCUAGUAAUGCCCGGUUUGUUUAACAGAAAUGUUUCCACCAUUGAUAAAAGAUUUCAUUAUCUGCAA